AUGAAGUUCGUCUUUCUCGCUUUAGCAUGCCUAACAUUCCUCGCGGUGGCGCAAAUUGAGUGCUCCUGUCCUAAUGGGGGAGCCGCAGGAGGCCCAGCUUGCGGUUGCAACUCAAACGCCAGCUGCUUCUGCGAAAGGGAAAGCGACGACCUGCCUGUCGCAACCGAGUGCUCAGGCCUUGGCAGUUGCGGCUGCCCAAGCGACCAGAACGUUGAACGAACAACCCCGCCGCCGCCCCCGAAGAUGUUCUAA